AUGGCGCCUCUGCUCCUGCUCUUCCUCCUCGGCGGCCUCUGCGCCCUCUUCUCCCUCGCCUCCUCCUCCUCGCGCGGCGCCAAGAAGUGCUGCGACGUCGACGGCGAGAAGUCCAAGAGUAACAACCACGGCGAGCAAGAAGCCAAGGCCAGCAAGGCGGAGGAGAGGGAGGAGCGGCCGGCGCCGGCGGACCGGGAGGCAGACCUGGGGAUCGUGUUCUCGACGUUCGACCACGACGGCGACGGCUUCAUCACGGCGGGGGAGCUGGAGGAGUCGCUGAAGCGGCUGGGCAUCGCCGUGUCCGCCGCCGAGGCGGCCGCCAUGGUGGCCCGCGUCGACGCCAACAGCGACGGCCUCAUCGACAUCCACGAGUUCCGCGAGCUCUACGACUCCAUCCCCAAGAAGCGCAAGGCCUCGCUGCUCCCCGCCUCCGCCGGCGCGGCCGACGGGGCCGAGGGGGAGGAGGAGGACGACGACGAGGAGGGGGAGGAGAUGGACCUCAAGGAGGCGUUCGACGUGUUCGACGGCAACAAGGACGGGCUCAUCUCCGCCGAGGAGCUGGGCACCGUGCUGGGCUCCCUCGGCCUGCGCGGCCGCCCCGCCGCCGCCGAGUGCCGCGACAUGAUACGCCUCGUUGACAGCGACGGCGACGGCAUGGUCAACUUCGAGGAGUUCAAGCGCAUGAUGGCCGUCGUCAAGGCCUAG